CCGUGGCCAAGUGAGCUCCGCCGGGACGGCCCGGGACCGCCGCUGCCGGGACCCCGCGGGCUCCGCUUCGGGGGGAUUCGGGGGGCUGGGAGGCUCCUCCCGGCAGAGUCCCCCGAGGGCGCCUGACCGCCCGCCCUGCGCUCCCUCCCUUCCCCGCAGAUGGCUCUCCCGCCGCCGCCGCCGCUGCUGCCGCUGCUCCUCCUGGCCGCCGCCGCCGCCGCCCGGUCGGGCUCUCCGUCGUCCAAGUUCGCCAUCGACUUCCUCCCGGGGCUGGCCAAGCAACCGGCCUUCGAGCAGUACACGGGCUACCUGAGCGUGGACGGAGACAAGCACCUGCACUACUGGUUCGUGGAGGCGGAGGAGGCGGCGGCGGAUGCGGAGAAGCCGCUGGUGCUCUGGCUGAACGGCGGUCCCGGCUGCAGCUCCCUCGCCGGCCUUCUGACCGAGCACGGGCCUUUCACGGUCCAGCCAGACGGAGCCACCUUGAAGUACAACGACUAUGCCUGGAGUAAGCUCGCUCACAUCCUCUUCCUGGAGUCCCCGGUCGGUGUCGGCUACUCCUACUCGGAUAGCCAAGACUACCAAACCAACGACACAGAGGUGGCCCGCGUCAACUACCUGGCCCUGAAAGAGUUCUUCAGCCUGUUUCCGGAGCACCUGCCCAAAGACCUCUACCUGGCUGGAGAAAGCUAUGGCGGGAUCUACAUCCCCACCCUGGCACAGUGGGUCAUGCAGGACGCCAGCCUCAACCUGAAGGGCCUCUCGGUGGGCAACGGGCUCUCCUCCUACGAGACCAAUGACAACUCCCUGGUCUACUUCGCCUACUACCACGGCCUCCUGGGGAACAAGCUCUGGGGCGACCUGCAGCGCUUCUGCUGCUCGGGAGGGAAGUGCAACUUCCACAAAAGCCCAAAUCUGAACUGCACGGCUGCUAUGGUGGAGGUGAUCCACAUUGUGGACGAAUCCGGCCUCAAUAUCUACAACCUCUAUGCCCCCUGCGCUGGGGGGGUGCCGGGGAAAUUCAGCUACCUGGAUGGGACCAUUGUGACUCACGACCUGGGCAACCGCUUCAACUGGCACCCCCUGCGCAGUAUUUGGAGGGAGAAUCUGCUGAACUUGGGGGUGACCAAGCAGGUGCGGCUGAACCCCCCCUGCAUCAACACCACCGGCCUCACCCGCUACCUGAACGACCCCCAGGUGCGCCACGCGCUGCACAUUCAGGACGACGCCCCGGCCUGGGAGAUCUGCAGCUUUACUGUCAGCCGGGGCUACAAGCGCCUCUACACCGAGAUGAACGCCCAGUACCUGAAGCCGCCCGGCACUGGGAAAUACCGCAUCUUGCUGUACAACGGGGAUGUGGACAUGGCCUGCAACUUCCUGGGGGACGAAUGGUUCGUGGAGUCCCUGCAGCAGAAGGUGGAGGUGGCCCGGAGGUCCUGGAUCUUCACGGACGAGGACGGCCAGGAUCAGAUCGGGGGCUUCGUGAAGGAGUUCAGCAACAUUGCCUUCCUCACCAUCAAGGGUGCCGGCCACAUGGUGCCCGCUGACCAGCCGCGGGCAGCCUUCAACAUGAUGCAGCGGUUCCUCAACCGGCAGCCCUUCUAAGCUCGGGAGCAGCGUCUUUCCUGGGGAGACCAGCCCCCUCCCGCUGCCGCAUGGCUGCAAAGAGCGGCUCCUGACCGGCCUUGGGGGGGGAUUCUGGAGGGUCUCGGGCCCUGGGCAGGUCCUCUGGCAGGGCCCUGUCUCCCCUUCUCUGCGCAUUUGCACUGUCCUCAGGGAGGAAGCGGGUCCCCUCGCUGCCCUCGGUGGGCGUGGGGGGUGAGGGGCGUUUCUCAGCCUUCGUUCCGGCGGCUCUUGCAGGAGGAAGUCGACUGGGGAUCAAGAGCAGCCAAGUUCUCUUUCUUGGUCCAAGCAAGCGAUUAAACUCUUAUUUUUCUAC